GUCGCCUCGCGCGUACGCCCUAUAUCCUAGCUAGAGAGAUAGAGCGAGAGAGAGAGAGAGGAGAGAGCCUCUCUCACUCAUAAUUCCGCCCCCUGAGAGGAAGGAACCGAUUGACACUCCCUCUACACAAAACAAAUAAAAUGUUUCUCCAUCCUCUGGUUUAGCGAAAGUAUGUUAUUUAAGAAAUCCGUGGACUCGUUUCAGACCCAUUUAACAUCCCAAAACUUUCGCUGAGAAGAAAGUUCAUCGAAACUUUGGGUCGUUUUCUUUUCACGUCAGAUAAACCUCUCGGUUCGACUGUUGUGAGUGCGAGAAAACACGUGUAUUUUUUUCUUCUUUUUUUUUCUUAGCAAGUGUUGGUUGAUGAUUAUACUGAAGGUGAUCUACCGCUAUCCAUACGCAACUUGGAACUACGACCAUUUUCGAACGAGUGACUUUAAUUAUUUAGCUCCAGUUCCCAGGGGUAGAUUCCCUCGAAAAUGAAGCCGUAGGAUGACUCAGCAAUGAAAGUGAUUAGACAUUGAGAAUGGGGACCAGCCUACCAAGAACUGAAACAGGAAAUAUUAAGCCAGUAUAGUUCAACAUAAUUAGACUGUUUUCACUAUAAGGAGGCUGUGCACUUCCCUGAUUUCGUCUGUACAACAUCCAGUCAUCAAGAGAGAGAGAGAGAGAGAGAGAGAGAGAGAGAGAGAGAGAGAAGGUCUUCAAUCGAAUCAAAUCAUGAACGAAAUAUUCAAGAUCCGGGAAGUACAGGAGUGAAUGGGAAAAAGUGUACGAGCUCACCUGGAAGAAAAACGGAAAACGGAAAGGGCUGAAACUGAAGAAAGAGGCAGAGAGAAAGAGAGAAAGCGAGAGACCUGCCAUCAUGCACUGACGAAGGGACUCUGCAAGGCCUGGACUUAAGAACAAUGGACGGACAACGCUUCUUAGAAUUAGGGAUACGUUUGCUGGCUGCAUUUCUAAUAGGCGUGGAGGGCGACCUUCUGCAGGGAGUGGAGGUGCCCUUGUUUGCCGUAGCCGGGGGGCGCGUCAAUCUGAGCUGCAUGUACGACCUGAGGGCGACGGGCCUCUACUCCCUCAAGUGGUAUCACAACGACACGGAGUUCUAUCGGUACGUCCCUACCGAGCUGCAGCAACCGGUAGACAUCAAGCGAAGCAUGAAAUUCCAGGCUAAUGAAGUAUCGAGGUCAGACACUCAAGUGACCUUGACCAUCAGCGGCAUGACCUCAGCUGCAUCGGGAGAGUACAAAUGCGAGGUGAUAGCGGAGCACCCUUCCUUCAGAACGGAGACAGCCAAUGCCUCCAUGAUCGUCCUUGAUGAACCGCUAUCGUCCCCGGUCAUAACGGGCGCCAAGGAGGUGUACGAGUCGUCGGAUAUGGUCCACCUGAAGUGUCAGCCGGAGAAAUCUCCUGUGUCAGGACCAUCCCCAACUCUCACUUGGUAUUUACAGGGCAGACCGGCCCGUCGGGAGUACGUCUCGCCCUACAGAGAAGAGCCUUAUUCGGAGCCUUCGGGCAUAGCGCUCAAAAUUUCAGCCAAUGAGAUGUCCACCUACGGCAGCAGCAACAUUGUCGAAGUGGUCUGUCUGUUAAACCUGGGGACCUUCGAAAAACGAGCGACAAAACGGAUUCGGCUGAGAAUCAGGCAUUCGUCGUAUUUCUCCACGUACUUUUCUGGCACUGGUGCUGAGAAGGGUCCAUCAACAAUCCAUCUGUCCCUUUCACUCGUCCCCUUAUUGUUAAUGAUACAACAACAAUUCUGAUCACAGCAGCGUCCCUCUAUCUCGAAGACGUUAUCAGAACGAUGUUUUAAUUAACCCAACGUUUCCUUCGGCGGUACAUGAACCUUCACUUUAUGUACAAAGAGCGCCUGCUUGAUUUAAAUUCCUGGAGUAUCAGGAACACUGGCUGAGGAAAUGGAUGAAAAUGAAAAUGUGGAUUGAAUGUUACAGAAACCUUUGAAGGGAUUAUGGCUAUUCAUCAGCUUUUACGUAAUUUUCCAUUACAGACUUUGACAAAGUUGCUGGUUGUCUUGAUGGAGUAACGUAUUCACGAGAUCGAUAAGAGUAAGUGUUGGAACGCUUGCAGAAUAUGGCAUGAAAUCAAAAUAGUCACAGACGUUGAUCUGGACUUUCCAUACUAUUUAUCAAAGGUGUCUCCAUUCUGACACAAUGGUCGUGUCCACGGGAAAGAUCUGUAGAGUAAAUCAAUAAAUUUAAGCUUACUCAUAAGAUGAAAACACCGAAGUUAUGGAUUGUUUAUGCAUAUAUGUGAUCCCUAAUAUACCUAUUGGAAGCAGAUGUCCGACAACAACAACAACAACAACAACAACAAUAACAACAACAACAACAACAACAAUAAUAAUAAUAAUAAUAAUAGCACAUUUUCCAUAUAACAUAUUAUUGUUAUCCCUAGCAUUAUCAUCAUCAUUAUCAUCAUCAUGGUUAAUUCCUAUAAAGGAUCAAGUUUAUUAUUAUUAUUAUUAUUAUUGUUAUUAUUAUUAUUAUUAUUAUUAUUAUUAUUAUUAUUAUUAUUAUUAUUAUUAUUAUUAUUAUUAUUAUUAUUAUUAUUAUUAUCAUUUGAUUAAGGAAGACACAUUUUCCGUAACAAUGUAUAACAAUGUAUGUGCAUUCAUGAUAAACAGUUAAUCUCAGUAAAACCAUCCUCUAUGUCUAUUUCUGAGUAAAGCGUGAAAGGUUCAAUUAUUCUUUUAAACAAUUCCCAUGCAUAACGUUAUGUUUUUUUAUUUGUGUUCCUCACAAUUUUUUUUACAUCCUUUGCAGUCCACUACCCAGCAUGUUGUUCAACCACGAUUAAAAUAUACUGGUUGGGACAUAAUGUCACUGACAAUAAUUAGGUUAACUGAAUUUUAUCAAAUGGCAAUGAGAUAAUAAACCAUUAACUUCCUAACGCUUUCUCGGAACAAAAUGUCAGAAAAACUACGGUUAUGAGGGUAAAUGGAAACUCGCAAGAUGAAGUACUGAGUGUAUAUAUGAAUGAUGGAUCCCAAGAGGCGUUUUGGAGAAAAUAGAAUGAACGAUGGUGGGUUGAGAGAGGAAGAGUCACAAAAUAAGUAAGGGAAGGAAGGCAACAGAGUCCCUGUGAGAUUUUCUAUUUUCAUUCAAAAUAAGCAUCAUCCAAUUUAAAAUAAGUCAGAAGUAUAAAACGAAACCUCAUAUAGUCGUAUUCAAUCGAGGAAGGUUAUAUAUUGAUGAAAAAUGAGGUGAAAUAUUGAUAAAAAAAAUACCUUGUUCACUGAAAUAGAAUAUGAAUGUAAACACAUGGUAAAUAUUUAUGUUAUUAUCCUUACUGGCAAGAAUGACUGGACUGUCUUUCUGUGUAUAUACCUGUCGUGUGAUUUACAAUUUUAAAAGUCUGUUAAGUCUAAUUAUCCUCAUGAAGAAAAAUCAAAGGACCGUUAUCAAAGAGAGGGCCAUGACCUGGUCACCAAAGUCUUCAGUGCUCUAAGAAACGAAACUACAUCCUUCAGUCAUUUAAUAACAAUAAAAACAAACACAAUGAGUGAACACAAAGCCGUCUUUGUAAAUAUUGAUUAUACUUAGAAAAUUUAUUUCCACUUCUUCCUGUAGUUACUCUUGAAAAUCCCAUUUGUAUUUAGAAUAGUGACUUAGGAAUCUGACUGGUAUACAUAUGCAUUAUUGUUUAUGAUGAAUAACAUUAUGUAAGGACUUGUGAUAAAUAAAAAUAAAAAAAAAACUAUUCCACUGGUGCGUCUACCGAUGCGGUGUGUGUGUGUGCGCGCGUGGGUGGGUGUGUGUGUGUGUGUGUGUGUGUGUGUGUGAUGCUUCUUUGACUUUUGAUUUCUGUUCAAGAAACUUGUAAGAGAUGACAUUAAGUGUUUAGAAGCUAGGAAUAUUUGUUAUCAUUUUCAAGUACAUAUAUGACAAGCCAUAAUUUUGUAACAAGACAGGGCCUUAAGACAUGUGCGGCUUCAUUGUAAUGUUGUG